AUGGCAAACAAGGCCGCACUCGCAGCAGCUCUCCUCGUAGCCAUGGUGGGUCUUGCCACCGCCACCACCAUUACCAUCUCCUUCGAUGAAGAGGUCAGCGAGAACCAUCACCAAUGCAGGCAGCAGGUGCAGGGGCGCCGUUUCCAGUCCUGCCAGCGCUUCUUGCAGCAGAGGAACGAGUUCGAGGCCCUCCUCGACUCGUACCAGCGGCCCGCCCUUCAGGCCUGCUGCCAGGAGCUGAAGCAGAUGGACAGCCAGGAGUGCGGCUGCGAGGCCAUCAGGCAGGCCGUCAGGCAGGCGCAGCAGAGCACGCGCCGCUUCCAGACUAGCCAGUCCGAGCAGGUCUACCAGCAGGUGCGCGCCCUCCCGCGCCGAUGCGGCCUUCGUGAGCAACAAUGCCACUUCCGCCGCCUCUUCGUUUGA